AUGUCGGAUGAGGUUCUUGCUGAAGAGUUCGAGGUGCUCGAGUCGAUCUAUCCCGACGAGAUGACCAAGAUCUCUGAUCGUCAAGUCUCCAUCCUUGUCGAACCAGAGGAGCCAGUGUCCGGUCUAUCAGAUUUCAAGCUCGUUAUCAACGUCACCUAUCCACCAGAAUACCCAGACGUCUAUCCAGAGGUCUCGCUAGAGCCGUCCGAGGAGUCUCAAGCGGGGGAGCUUACAUCGGAAGAGGAAUCAAAACUGCUAAAAAGCUUGGAAGAAACAGGAAACGAGAGCAUUGGAAUGGCCAUGACCUUCACAUUGGUAUCACAUCUUCGGGAACAGCUGUCGAGUAUAUUACAAGAACGAGCGGAAAAGAUUAAACGAGAGGAGAUGGAGAAGGAGCGACGAGCCAUCGAGGAAGAAGAAGCUCGAACCCGUGGAACGCCGGUCACGAAAGAAUCAUUCUUAAAGUGGCGAGCCGCGUUCACGGCAGAGCAAGCAGAGAAGAAGCGAAAGGAGGACGAGGAACGAAUGAAGGGAUGGACGCCAAAGGAACGAGAAGAGGCCAAGCGCAUUGCGGCACGUCUCAGUGGACGUCAACUCUUUGAACGUGGUGGUCCCCAAGCUCUCUCAUUGGAAGAUUCGGCACUCGAAGAAGGAGGCGAAAGCGUCGACAUUUCGCUCUUUGACCGUACGGAAAGAGAGGAACGCCCAGAGGAUAAUGAAGGCAUUCAUCUUAGUGAUUCAGAUUAG